AUGAAACUAGCCGUGGCACUCUGUUUCUGUCUUGGUCUACAAUCGGUCUACGCGAACCAAUCAAUCUCACCGUACCCCGAGGUCCUUUCGAGACAGGAGCGCAAAAUUUUGCUAUUCCCCACCCAAACUACUCUUCAGGUCAGCAUGUGCACGGUCAGCGAUGGGCAUCUGUUUAUGCCGAGGAAGAAGUACCCUUUCCGAAGGGUGGGCAUCAAUCUCGGGUUCCAGCAUAACUACAACUUACCCUACCGAAUGCUAGAGUUCUACAAACCACCGAAUUGGGCCCGAGCCAUUGCAGGUAUUAUCCGCGGAGAGUUUCCGUCAACCAGUGUUGUGACAGCGAGAAACUGGAAGCGAUCCACCGAUCACAAGUCGCUGACGCUAACCGCAGGUCAGCUCUACACGUACGUCGAGGACUUGUUGCACGUGUUUGGCUACGAAGCGGACUGUCUGGUGCGUAGUGUUUGCGAGCUGGCACAUAGUCCGUUCGAUCGUUCGCAGUCGGAGCAGGACCUAAUGACAGAGGUGGUCCAUUUGCUUUUAAGCCCUUCGGUGCACGAAUCCUUCGGCGACGAUGAGCUGGAGCUGCGCCGGAAGUACGAAAUGGCCGAACGGCUCGGAGCGAGCGGAGCCAACUGUGAACUGAUCUACGAUCGCUGCCACCGGUCGGUGUUGAGCGAUUUCUCCAACCUGGUCGACAAUUCGUGA